AUGAAAGAACAAAUUGAGAUAUUAAAAUAUCGCAUCCAUUCGAAUUGUUUACCACCAGCAUUCAAUCUUCCUGAUUAUUCACUUAAUAAAAUUGAUAAAAUACUUAGCCGAUCGAAACAAUCUUCUACUAAUGAUGAUGAUAACAAGCAACAAACAAUAUUAUCUGUUCGUCGUUUAAAAAUAAUUGACCGAUUUAAAGAUGAUAUGCUUGAAUUAAGUAUAGCAGCUGGUGAAAAAAAAGUACGCUAUUGA